AUGAGCUCUCUUCCCCCUGUGAAAGGAGACAGGAUCAUCUGUGAACUCCCUUUGUACUUCACAAGGGACGCUGCAGUGCACACCAAAGAUGGCUUCAACAUUACUGUUAGAGAUGCAUGUCAGGAACAGAAGACAGGAUUCUGUAAAGACACAUUUAACAAGACUUACAAAGCGACUAUUGGAGUGGAUUUUGAGAUGGAGAGAUUUGAGGUCCUCGGAGUGCCCUUCAGUUUGCAAUUGUGGGACACAGCAGGUCAGGAAAGAUUUAGAUGCAUUGCAUCCACAUACUACAGAGGAGCUCAAGCCAUCAUUGUUGUAUUUGACCUGAGCAAUUAUAACUCUUUGGAUAAUGCAAGAGAGUGGCUUGAGGAUGCCAUGAAAGAUAAUGACCCUUCUAGCGUUCUCCUCUUCCUCGUUGGAACAAAGAAGGAUCUUAGUCACCCAGAUCAGUUGGCACAAAUGGAGCAAGAGGCCAUUAGGCUAUCAGAAGAGAUCAGAGCAGAGUAUUGGGCUGUGUCUGCCCUGUCAGGGGAGAGUGUGAGAGACUUCUUUCUUCGGGUUGCAUCCCUUACAUUUGAGGCCACCAUAUUAUCUGAGCUGGAGAAGAACAAUUCUAGACAAGUUAGGGAUAUUGUCAGUAAGUUCUUUAAUAAGCUCAAAAUGUGA